AGAGCCUUAUAAACACAGGAGAGAAGGGAGCUCGUCCGUUACCUUUCAGGAGACAAAGGGAGUGCUGGAGAGGAUCUCAGACAGUGCUGUUGAAAAUAUAGCAUCACUUUAAUUCAGUAGACUCACUUCUUGAACCUCCAACUUCACAAGAUGUCUAAAGGACCAGCAGUAGGCAUUGAUCUGGGUACCACAUAUUCAUGUGUGGGGAUUUUCCAGCAUGGCAAAGUGGAGAUUAUUGCCAAUGACCAAGGAAACAGGACCACGCCAAGUUAUGUGGCCUUCACAGACACAGAAAGACUUAUUGGAGAUGCCGCCAAGAACCAGGUGGCCAUGAAUCCAGCCAACACCGUAUUUGAUGCUAAGCGUCUGAUCGGUCGCAAGUUUGAUGAUCCUGUGGUGCAAUCUGAUAUGAAACACUGGCCCUUCAAAGUUAUAAAUGACUCCUCAAAACCCAAGAUGGAGGUUGAAUAUAAGGGGGAGAUCAAGACCUUCUAUCCCGAGGAGAUUUCCUCCAUGGUUCUAACCAAAAUGAAGGAGAUUUCUGAGGCUUAUCUUGGCAAGCCUGUGACCAAUGCAGUUAUCACAGUUCCUGCUUACUUCAAUGACUCCCAACGUCAAGCCACCAAGGAUGCUGGAACCAUCUCUGGCCUCAAUGUGCUUCGUAUCAUCAAUGAACCCACAGCCGCAGCCAUUGCAUAUGGCCUGGACAAAAAGGUUGGGGGUGAGCGUAAUGUUCUAAUCUUUGACCUUGGUGGUGGUACUUUUGAUGUGUCGAUCUUGACAAUUGAGGAUGGCAUCUUUGAGGUCAAGGCCACAGCGGGGGACACACACUUGGGUGGGGAGGACUUUGACAAUCGCAUGGUUAACCACUUUACUGCUGAGUUCAAGCGCAAGUUCAAAAAAGACAUCAUCAACAACAAACGUGCCGUCCGUCGUCUGCGUACAGCGUGUGAGCGAGCUAAGCGCACCCUCUCCAGCAGCACCCAGGCCAGUAUUGAGAUCGACUCACUCUAUGAAGGAACAGAUUUCUACACCUCCAUCACCAGGGCCCGCUUUGAAGAGCUCAAUGCUGACCUGUUCCGGGGAACACUCGAGCCUGUGGAGAAGGCCCUGAGGGAUGCCAAGAUGGACAAAAGCCAGAUCCAUGAUAUUGUUCUAGUGGGUGGCUCCACACGUAUUCCGAAGAUCCAAAAGCUUUUGCAGGACCUCUUUAAUGGUCGUGACUUGAACAAGAGCAUCAACCCAGAUGAGGCAGUUGCAUAUGGGGCAGCUGUACAGGCUGCCAUCCUGGCUGGUGAUAAGUCUGAGAAUGUGCAGGACCUGCUCCUGCUGGAUGUUACACCCUUGUCCCUGGGAAUUGAAACAGCUGGAGGAGUGAUGACUGUCCUUAUUAAAAGGAACACUACCAUUCCAACCAAACAAACCCAGACCUUUACCACCUACUCAGACAACCAACCUGGGGUGCUCAUUCAGGUUUACGAAGGGGAAAGAGCCAUGACCAAGGAUAAUAAUAUCUUAGGGAAAUUUGAAUUGACUGGCAUUCCGCCUGCUCCCAGAGGAGUCCCCCAGAUCGAGGUGACCUUUGACAUCGAUGCCAAUGGCAUCCUCAAUGUGUCCGCAGUCGACAAAAGCACCGGCAAGGAGAACAAGAUCACAAUCACCAAUGACAAAGGUCGACUGAGCAAGGAGGACAUUGAGCGCAUGGUGCAGGAAGCAGAGCAGUUUAGGUCUGAAGAUGAGUCCCAGAGAGACAAGAUCACAGCCAAAAAUUCUCUUGAAUCUCUGGCCUUCAACAUGAAGAGCACAGUGGAGGACGAGAAACUCCAAGACAAGAUCAGCCCCGAAGACAAAAAGAUUAUUAUCGACAAGUGCAAUGAAGUUAUUGCCUGGUUGGACAGGAACCAGACGGCUGAGAAAGAGGAGUAUGAUCACCAGCUGAAAGAGCUAGAGAAGGUUUGCAACCCCAUCAUCUCUAAGCUGUACCAGGGGGGUAUGCCAGGAGGAAUGCCAGGAGGGAUGCCUGGUGGCUUCCCUGGUGGAGCUGGAGCUGGUUCCUCCUCUGGCCCAACCAUCGAAGAGGUCGACUAAAUAUAAGCAAUCAUACCACUGCAAAGGUUAUUUAUCUCAGCUUGACCACAUGUACCAGCUGUUCUAACCAUGUUGGAAACUUCAUAAACAUUUGAUUUUCCUCUACUUGAAUUUCCACAGUGUCUCCAAACCGAUUUUAGCAAUAGAAUGUGACACUAAAGAUAGUAUCUUACAAAAUGGACUUUAAUUCUUGAACUUGCUGACAGAACCAAAAACCGUUUGGUAUAUUUUUUAAAGACAACGCAAAGUAGUACCUGACUGUGAAGUAAAAAAAAAAUGAUAUAUGGUUUUCAAACUUUUUUUACAAAUGUAUAUUAGACCCCUAAAUUAAAUGUUUGUAGAACCACCUUUCACUACAAGUACACGCCUUUUGGAAUAUAUCUCUCCCAGAUUUAGGAAUCUAGAGACAAAUAAAUUUUGCCCAUUCUUUUAGAAUGGGCAAAAUUAGAACUGAAGCUCAGUUCUAAUGGAUGGGCCUCGGAAAACAUCAUAAUCCAAAUUUUGCCAACAAAUCUUGAUUGGAUUUAGGCCUAUACCCUACUUACACAUAUGUUUUGAUACAAACCAUUCCAUUGUUGCUCUGG